AUGGCUUAUGCAGGAUGGUUGAACGGAGAAGAGGAGUGGCUCAUAAGAAGAACACGAAGGAAGUCCUCGUCAAAAGGCUCGCAGAGAAUCAUCAAAGCAAAGAACUUGAUAGCAAUUGCAAAUAACCUAUAUGUCAGAAACGAGCUUGGAAAGUGUGUGGAAAUACUUAAGGAGGCAAUAUGUCUUAUGCCGAGAAACCCUCAUCCAUACUUCACUCUCGGACUUAUUUUUGAGGAGAAGGGCGAGAUACCAAAGGCAUACUACUGCUUCUUUGUUGCAGCACAUCUUCAGAAAAACAACUAUGGGCUUUGGAGGAAGCUCUACGACUACUCAAGGCAGCUUGGAUACAAUAGAGAAAGAAUAUACUUCAUUGAGGUUCUACAAAGAAAGGGAAACAAAAGAGAGAUGGUGGUGGAGAAGAUGAGCCUUUAUGGGGAUGACAAGUUCAAGGAGCUGAGUUGCAAAAUAGAGUUGUUUGAGUUUGACGGUGUUGAUGAUAAGAUUUUCGAUGAGAUUCAUGAAAGGAUAACACACAAGGCCAGGCUUGCACGGCUUGCAAAGAAACUUCUUGGCCAUCUUAGAAAGAACGAAGACUCAUGCUCUGACUAUUACAUCAAGCAGCUAAUCAUUCUGAAGUAUGAGGCUUCUGACUUUGCAGACAUAAAGAUGCUGUUCAAUAGAUAUCUGCUUAAGAGAAACGUUGAACUUUGUAUAAAGCUCAGGGUGAUACACAUAAUGGCAUGUUUGUAUAGUGGCAAUGAUGGUGAGGCUAAAGAAUGCGUCAGAAUCUUCACUGAGGACGACAAGAUAUGGUCUGAGAUUACUGACAUUGAUCUUCUGAAGCAUCUUGUAGAUCUACUUAUAGAGAGUGACAUGGUUGAUGAAGUGACGAAGCUGCUAGGGAGGAUAAAAAACAGCUUCAACGGUCAGAGGGAGUUCGUAUAUUGGAAGCUAGGAAAAAUGCUCGAUGCCAAAGAGAGGUAUGACGAGGCACUUCUAUACUAUAAACUAGUGCUUGAAACCAAUCCUGGAAAUGAUGAUGUUAAGUCACGUAUUCACUUGAUAUAUACAAAGCAGGGAAACCACGAGUUGGCCAAGAAGUAUGAAACGAUUGCACAGCUCAUUGAUAUUGUAGAUGGAAGAAACAAGAAAAGAUGUGCAUACUCUCCAGAGAUGUGCAUGAAUACAAGAUCUCUUUAUGAGAACACUAAGGCCCUUAGGGACGAUAGUGAAAAGUUCAUUGAGUCUAACAGGGUCUUGGUCGAUGACUUCUUGAAGAACAGGUUUGUCUUUGAAAGAAGGAAGAAAAGAGCUUCUGCAGGAGCGGGACUGUGUAAGCAAAGACACAUUGAUAGUAUAGGAAUGCUUGAGAUAAGAAAUGAGGGGAAAGCUAUGAAAGAGGGAACUUCUGAGGGGUUUAGAUUUGUUGACCUACAUGGACUGAGUGUUGACGAGUGGUUUGAUGUUAUUUCUGGGCAAAUAUUUUCUCUUCUUUCUGUUUCUUGCACCUCGGAAGCAAUGUCGUUAUUGUUCAGGUCUCUGGAAGCAUACAUCUUCAGACACAGAAGUGACAUAAUCUUUAAGCUUAUUUUCACAGGUUUAAAGGCAUCCCUGAUGUUCGGGGAGUUCGGGGAUUUUAUCUCUUUAAUAAGAAAUGCGAUAUGCCACACAGGAAACUAUUCAUAUGCAUAUCUGCUGUUCUACUUCAGUAACUUCUUUAUGAGCUUCCAAAAGAGCAGUGACUUUUCAUAUUUCCAGAAAUACCUUCAAAGGGUAUGCAGGAGAAAGCUCAAGAUUUCCCUGAACUCCGAGGACGAGAUGAUCUCUGAGUCUUCCGAGAAUGAAACAAUGGGAGAAAGGGAGAAUGUAGGCAACCAUGCAAGACCGCAUGAAGAGGCAUACAAAGGAGACGUCUCAGGAAGGAAAGCUGUAGGUGUGACACAUUUUUUGUUCCUGAACUCCCACAUUCCAAAUCUUUUACAAUCAAAGACCGUCGAAAUGAUAUCCUCUCUCGAAAUGGAAGGCAGCCCAUCGGAAAGUGUAAUUCUUGCCUCGAUGUUCCUUAUUCAUUCAAAGUCUAGAAGAGUAAGUGACAGAAGCAUGUUUAUAAAGAAAGGAAUAUCUAUACUCAAGAGGCUAAAGGAAAGGUCAAAAGGAGAGGAUUCAUAUGCAAUCUCCUACAACAUUGGCAAGGCUUACCAAUUCUUCGGGUUUCCCGGCCUUGCUGAGAAUUUCUACAUGGAGGCCUUGGGUACGUCCAAUCUCGAGCUCCGAAGGCUUGUACAAUUCAACCUGUAUCUAAUAUACAAAAAAAACAACACAAUGCAAAUAUUCAAGGACAUCCUUGACAACGAUGAGAUGGCUUCAUCCUUAAGUAAGCCCUCAUCUGUUUUAUUUAUCGCCCCUGGAUGA